CUAUUUGAACUCCCGCCAAGAAAGCAUUUCACUCAAAGGCUAAGAAGUUUCAGCAAAACAACUAUUUGUUGGCCUGCGGUGCAACUGCAACGGAAUUAGAGCGCGCGCAGACGCGGGUAAAUGAACAUGAUCGUUAGUCUGUGGAGGGCUCCUAAUGCGCCGUUUUCUUUCUCUUUCGGGACUUUUGUCAAACACCUUCGGAUCGCAAAAUCAAACGCCUUCCCUCCUCGCAAAAUCAGCUCAAAAACAAUAAUUACAACAUCAGAUUAUAAACCUUCUUAUUUUGAAACCCUAAAUUCCCGCCAAAAAGACCAAAUUCACCAAUACAUUAAUGCACUUCUGGACUGGAACCAGAAAAUGAAUCUUACUGCUGUCACUGAAGCGAACGAGGUCAUGAAUAGGCAUAUAGAGGAUUCACUCGCAAUGCUACCUCCUAUACGUAACUCUUACAUUUCGAAUUGCAGUUCUUCGAUUGAAAAUCUCAGACUUGUUGAUGUUGGAACUGGACCUGGGCUUCCUGGGUUAGUUUUAGCAAUUGCUUGUCCAGAUUGGAAAGUAACCCUUUUGGAAUCCAUGAACAAGCGUUGUGUUUUCUUGGAGCAUGCAGUUAGUGUUACUGGGUUGUCAAAUGUUGAAGUUGUAAGGGGAAGAGCAGAGAAUCUAGGGCAGAAUGAUUGCUAUAGAGAGCAAUUUGAUGUCGCAGUGGCCAGAGCUGUAGCAGAAAUGAGAGUUUUGGCGGAGUAUUGUCUUCCUCUAGUUCGAGUAGGUGGGCUGUUUAUAGCUGCAAAGGGCCAUGAUCCUCAGGAAGAAAUUAGAAAUGCAGAAAGAGCAAUCCAACUAAUGGGUGCAUCCAGACUGCAACUUUGCCCCGUGGACUCUCACAGCCCAUAUGGACAGCGAACUGCCAUCAUAUGUGUAAAAGAUUACCACACUCCAAGGAAGUAUCCACGUGAUCCAGGUACUCCAGCAAAAUUACCAUUGUAACACCCAAUUUUUUUAGCCGUAAUUACCAUAUCUCUGAAUCCUUUAAAAUGUAUAAUUGUAUAUAAAACGAGUUGUACUUUCAGAUUAUCUCUCUAUGCUUAGUGAAGUAGGUAGGAGUAUUGUUGAAGCUUAAUGUUUGAUUCAUGGACUGCGGUGGCUUUUUUGACUCUUCAGUUAUUGAUGUUAUUUUUCUUUUUUCUGUGGGCUUGGAAAAGUUGAUUCAAAAUACUUGUAUGUUCAUUUGAUUUUUCUUCUA